AUGUCAGCACCGAAAAAGAGAGGGCUACCCAAACCGCUCCCAGAUGGCUUCAUACUGACUGAUAAUGUGAAGAAGAAAUGGAGGCUGGGGAAAGUCGUGGGUCAAGGUGGCUUUGGACUGAUCUACUAUGCAUCCCAAGACAUUGGCAGCGCCGUCUCAGCAGAUACUGACUUUGUUGUAAAAGUGGAAUAUCAUGAGAAUGGCCCUCUGUUCUGUGAGCUCAGCUUCUACAAGAGGGCAGGCAGACCAGAAAUGAUGCAAAAAUGGAUGCAAAGUAAAAGACUUGACCACCUCGGCAUCCCAAAAUACUGGGCAUCAGGGCAAGCAGAGUAUAAUGGCAUCAAGUAUCGUUUUAUGGUAAUGGAGCGACUCGGCACGGACCUUCAGAAAAUCAGCGAACGUAAUGGCGGUCGCUUUAAGAAGGCUACGGUGCUCCGAGUUGGUCAAGUUCUGGUAGACAUACUGGAAUAUAUCCACGAGAAUGAAUUUGUGCAUGCAGACAUCAAAGCUUCCAACCUUAUGCUGGGUCAUAGAAACCCUCAAGAGCUCUACCUAGCCGACUAUGGACUGGCUAAUCGGUACUGCAAUGAUGGAGUCCAAAAACAGUAUCAUGAAAAUCAUCGGAAAGGUCACGAUGGCACCAUUGAAUACACCAGUCUAGAUGCUCACAGAGGUGUUACUGGAUCCAGGCGUGGCGAUAUCCAGAUUCUUGGUUUUUGUCUUCUUCACUGGUUAUGUGGGUCUCUUCCCUGGGACGGUGAUCUGAAGAAUGCAGUAAAGGUCAUGGAAGCUAAGGAUAGACUGAUGGAUAGUCUGCCAGAGUCUGUCCAGCAGCUGUCAGUGAAUGGAGCCAGCACAGCUGAGGUUGCUUCCCUGCUCCUGUAUGUGAAGUCUCUGAACUUCCAUGACAAGCCUGACUACCAGCGUUUAAGGCAAAUAUUGUCUACUGGGACAAAGGAAAAACUGGAUUUCUCUGUACCACGUGGAGUCGGGGAGAAGAAGUCAGCGUCUAAGGCGCUUGAGCCCCCCAACAGGGGCAAGAGAAAAGCAAAAGGUCAAGGUGUCUCCAAAGCCAAGCCUGUAGCCAUUGGAGAGGAGGAUGACGACGAGGAGGAUGACGACGAGGAGGAUGAGGGAGGGAGAGAGAAGAAACUAAAACAAGCAAGUUGCAACAGAAGACGGCAAAACGUUCCACAGAAGAGCGAUCGAGUCACAAGAUCACUGAGGUCGAGGGCUGGGACUCUGAAGUCUUACAAGGAAGAUGACAGCACGAAUGAUGAUGACGACGAAGAAGAGGAGGAGAAAGAAGAGGAUGUCAGAAGCAACCCCAUUGAUCCGCGUUACAUAAGAGGCCCCCCAAAAGGAAAGAGAGGGCGUCCUAAAAUGGUGUGA